AUGGACACGCAGGGGUUGGCAGACAGCAGCGGCUCUAGGCGGCUCCGGACAGCUUACACCAACACUCAGCUCCUGGAGCUGGAGAAGGAAUUCCACUUCAACAAAUACCUCUGCAGGCCCCGUCGGGUAGAAAUUGCAGCUUUGCUCGAUCUGACCGAACGACAAGUUAAAGUAUGGUUCCAGAACCGCAGGAUGAAGCACAAGAGGCAAACACAAUACAAAGAUCCCCCAGACGGGGACAUCGCCUACCCCGGUCUGGAUGAGGGCAGCGAAGCCACGGAUGAGGCCGAGGAAAACCCAUUGGUGGGGCCGUGCCCGGGGCCGUACCGGGGUGCGCAACCCGAGCAGCCCCGCAGCCCUCGGGGCACCGAUCGGCCCGGACCCCCACCCUCGGAUCUCGGCUUUCCCGAGAGCCAGGGCUCGCCUUGGUUGCCGGAACUCAGCAUCCUCUCGGCAGAAUCUUGCUUGCAGCUCUCCCCCGUUCUUCAGGAUUCUUUGGAGAGCCCCCUCCAUUUCUCGGAGGAAGAUCUGGACUUUUUUACCAGCGCACUUUGUACUAUAGAUCUGCAACACUUCAAUUUCCAGUAGCGGCCCCCGUUUGUCUCUCUCUCUUUUCUUUUUUUUUUUUUUGUUCCUUUUGUCUCCACCCCGAGCCGCUUCAGCUCUUCAAACGAGAGGGGGUCACCCCAAAAACAAACCCAAAUCAUCCCCCAUUCAAUCACCAAUCGGACAUUUUAAAACUCUUCACUUUGAGGGACCCGAAUCGCAGCCGCAGUAUUUAUUUUAGAAGGCUCGUAUAAAAGAGCUUUUUAAAUUUAAAAUAUAAAUUAGGUGCUAAAUGAUAGGCUUUUUCCUUAUUUAUUUUAAAGGAGGCACCCAAUAGUUUCCAUGCGCAUCAGAGAUGACCGCCCUCGGGAGAAAACAAUUGCGAAACCUUCAAGCGACUUUCUCAGGAAUCAGAAUGAGACUUUUAGAUUUCUUAAGGAAAUAAUAAUGAGAAGAACAGAGGAAUUUUCGUUCCUCCUUUUUAAGUUUUAGAUGUAGAUUAUUUAUUCAAAUCCUUUAAUAGCAAAUGGCAAAUUAUUUAUUGUACAUUAUUUUCAUAGAGGAAAUAAAUGCCUUUAUAAAAGCGAG